UCAUUCAGUCUAUCGUUGACGGCUGAGAAGUGAACGUUGAAUUUUGUAUUCCAUUUUUAUCUACGCUUAACGAUAACUUUGUGUUUGGAUAAAUAUAAAUAUUUUGAAAAAGAUGGCUGAAAAUAAUUCGAACAAUCACAGCAAUGGCGCGAGUGAUGGUCAGAUGGCGACGAUCAGGAAGCUGCUGCAGGCGCGCCAGGACAAGGAGGCGGAGCUGGGCAACAAGGUGACGGUGGUGGGCGCCGGCCAGGUCGGCAUGGCCACCAUCUUCUCCUUGCUCACGCAGGGCGUUACUAACAACAUCGCGCUGGUGGACACCAACGAGGACAAGCUCAAGGGCGAGAUGAUGGACCUGCAGCACGGAUCCGCCUUCCUCUACAACGCCAACAUCCAGGCCGGCGCAGAUUACGAGAUAACUGCGAACUCUCAGAUUUGCGUCAUAGCGGCCGGUGUGAGGCAGAAGGAGGGCGAGGAUCGCCGCAACCUGGUGCAGAGGAAUGUUCAAGUGCUUAAGGGUAUUGUACCUAAGCUUCUGCAAUAUAGUCCGAACGCGAUCCUGCUGAUCGCCAGCAACCCUGUGGACGUGCUGACGUACGUGUCGUGGCGCAUCAGCGGCCUGCCCCGUCACCGCGUGCUGGGCUCCGGCACCAACCUAGACUCGGCGCGGUUCCGCUACCUGCUCUCACAGAAGCUGGGCAUCGCGCCAACCUCCUGCCAUGCCUACAUCAUAGGAGAACACGGCGACAGCAGCGUGCCGGUGUGGUCGAGCGUGAACAUCGCGGGCGUGAGGCUGCGGGACCUCAACCAGAACUUCGGUCUGGAGACGGACGAGGAGAACUGGCAGGAGACUCACACGCAGGUGGUGCAGAGCGCGUACGAGGUCAUCAAGCUGAAGGGGUACACCUCGUGGGCCAUCGGCCUGUCGCUCACGCAGCUCAUCAAGGCCAUCCUCACCAACGCCACCAGCGUGCAUGCCGUCACUACUUGUGUGCAGGGCGAGCACGGCAUAACGGACGAGGUGUUCCUGUCGCUGCCGUGCGUGCUGGGCCGCAACGGCGUGCUGGACGUCAUCCGGCAGCCGCUGUCCGACACGGAGCGCAAGCAGAUGUACCAGUCCGCCAGCGUCAUGGCCGACCUCCAGGCUAAGAUCGUCUUCUAAACACGCCUCGCCCAGCGAAGAUAAUCCUGUUGCGCUCCUAUCAGGAUAUACUGCAUUUAUCUCGCAAAUUUUGACUGAAUUGGACGAAACGUGUUUUGUCUAUCAUUAUGAAUUUUCUACUUAUAAACGUGUUGACGUCUGUGUAGUGUUAGUUUAAAUUAAAUUUAUUUACAUGAGUACUUUAUACGGUAUUAAAAUAACAUUUUGUAUUGUUAGACAAUUAUCCCCAUCUUUCAGCUGUAAGCUGUUUGUAUUUAGCUGUGACUGUACAAGCCAACGAUCUUUACAUAGAAGUAGGUACAUCUACUAAAAUAAGAUAAUUUCACUAAUAAUUUAAAUAAAUAGCUGUACUUACUUUCAGUAUUAAUAAUUACCAACUUCUGGAAGUAGUUAUAAGUUUCCUCGUAAGUGAUAGUAAAUACCACAAACAGUAAUUUCAUUGUUAAUAUUUUUGUAACUAAAUAUUUAGGAAGAAAAUUGAGUAUUUGGCUUUAAAUCAACAUGAAUUGAUGAAAAUAGCAAACAUGUUGACCAUGUUUUUGUGAUUAUAUAAACUCAUAUAUAUACAGAGUGUGUCGUUCAUAAUUACAUUAAAUCCUAUCACAUACACUUUAUGAUAUUCUAUGGCGAAUU